UCGUUCCGAUCGAAAACAUCGCCGCACUCCUCCGUCAAGAUGCAGAUCUUUGUGAAGACCCUUACGGGCAAGACUAUCACCCUCGAGGUGGAGUCCUCUGACACAAUCGACAAUGUUAAGGCAAAGAUCCAGGACAAGGAGGGCAUCCCGCCGGACCAGCAGCGUCUGAUCUUCGCAGGCAAGCAGCUUGAGGACGGCCGUACUCUCGCUGAUUACAACAUUCAGAAGGAGUCCACCCUGCACCUGGUGCUCCGCCUCCGUGGUGGCCAGUGAUUUCUUUGGAAGAUCGGUUCACAGGUCCUGGUAGUCGUCUCUAUGGCUGCGUGUGAGUCGUGUCAUCGUGUGUUACUGCUGUCAGUGUCUUAGUCCCGUAUUUUGUGUUGAACAUUUGUUGCUGCCGCGUAACAGCGUGGUCUCUGUUUUAUUUUAAGUGCGGGUGUGGAACUUAAUCUUCUUACUAAUCUUACCAAAUUUGUCUA